AGACAGCCGCCUAAGCCUUUCAUUCACCAUGGUUUGUGGUCAUAACAAGCAGAACUGCUCGACCCACGCUCCAGGCCUCCAGUUCAAUUAGGAUCAGAAAACCAGUCAACCAACCCUAGGAUGGACGGCUCGUCGGCGGAGGUGGCGAUGGUGAAGCGGGCGAAGACCGUCUUGACGGUGGCGGCGAUCUCCGGCUCCCUCCGCCGGGCCUCGGCCAACGCCGGCCUCAUCCGCGCCUCCGCCAAGAUGUGUGAGGAGUCCAUCCCGGGGCUGCAGAUCGACCACGUCGACAUCUCCCACCUGCCGCUCCUUAAUACCGACCUCGAGAACGUCGACGGCAAGGCCUUCCCGGCCGCCGUCGAGGACUUCCGGGACAGGGUCCGCGGCGCCGACUGCUUCCUCUUCGCCUCCCCCGAGUACAACUACUCCAUCUCAGGCCCUCUGAAGAACGCGCUGGACUGGGGGUCGCGGCCACCGAACGUGUGGGCGGAGAGGGCCGGCGCCAUAGUGAGCGCGUCAGGAAAGUCCGGCGGCAAGAGGUCGGCGUACCACAUCCGGCAGGUCGGGGUCUUCCUCGACAUCCACUUCAUCAACAAGCCGGAGGGGUUCGUCUCGGCGAACCACCCUCAGAGCAAGUUCGACGACCACGGCAACCUCGUCGACCCGGAGACUGGGGAGCUGCUGAGGAAGGUCCUUCUUUCCCUGCAGGCGUUCGCGCUCAGGCUCCUCCACGGCAACUCUGCUGCAAACUCCGGACAGGGUAGUUAGUAAGGAAGAGAUGCAUGGAUGGAGCUAGUUGAGGUGUCGGGGAUGUUGGUUGCUUGAAUAAUCUUGUGCGGCAAACAUUCUUCUCCGUGGGAUACUAAGGGAGUGGCCGAGCGUCGCCAUUUUACAUCCAACUCUUGUACGAAACCAUGAUCAAAGCCUAUGGCUCAUACAAAGUGAUACAAUGAACAGAUAUUAAACAAUGUCGUAUUAAAAUGACAUGGAAAAAA